GUUGUUAUAAUCUUCCUGACAACGAAAAUCCUCGUUAUCUUUCUCUACACCGCUAAGUAUAAAAUAAUUAUACAUUUAAAUUUAAAUAACAUAGAGUAUAUACAGUAUGUGAACUAAGAAAUGAAAUAUGUUUAAUUCUGGAUUGGUAACGUGCGUGGUAGUUUUAACAGUCCUUGCAAUACAUGUGAGUGGCCAAAAUGUCCUAAAAUGUAUGUCAUGUAAUAAAGCCGCACAUUUCACGCAUUGUGAGGACAUGGUAAAAUGUGACCCAGAUAUAGAGGUGUGUUAUGUAGAAGAAGAAAUAGAUGUCGGAGGGGAAACUGUAGUGAACGCUGGAUGCCGAGAAAAAACGUCGUGUGACGCUGUUGGCUGCUUUGGCGACAUAUACAAGAUAAGCAAAAGGAGCACGAAUCAAACAUCAGUUGGGACAAACACUGGACAGCUUGAUAGAGAUAUCAUAUGUCAUCAUUGUUGUGACGGUGAUUUCUGUAAUAUGUAUGGAUGUCCCGAUUCAUUUGAUGUCAGCCAUCUUCCCGGAAAUAGAUGUUUUGUUUGCGAACACGUUGUAGAGCCGGAGUUUUGUAAUGUAAUAAAGAACUGCGAGGCAGGCCAUUCUUGCGGAAAAGAAAUCAUGUCAUUUGGCUCUGGAGUCAGAUACAACUUGUUGUGCAUCAGGACACAGAAAUGCGAACUGCUGAAUUUAAUCCAUAACAACAAUGGAAGAAGAAAAAGAAAUUACCAGCAAAUCGGGGCCGAGUGUUGUGAUGGACAUCUUUGUAACGGAUACACGCCCAUGAAAAUUGAAUCUCCAUCGAUGAAUUCUGCUACGUACAAGUGUCCACCAAGAGGAACCAAUUCAAACCCAAUUACAUCAGCUAUACACACAACUGUUGUUACGACUUUACCAUCAACAUUGUCAUCAUCAUCAACUACACCAUCAACAACAACUGCUGUAUGUGAAGACAUUGAUCCUGACUGUGACGCAUAUCCAGUUGAUUAUAUAUGUGUUGGCAACUAUAAACUAUGGGCUGAGCAACACUGCGCAAAAUAUUGCAGUUUUUGUGGAUCAAGAAGCUCGACGCUGAUGGACAAUCAAACUUCAAACACCGAACCAACAUUAAGGACAACACAACCACCCGCUGUGUGCGAAGAUUUAGAUCCAGAUUGUGCGGAUUAUGGUCAUGACUACAUAUGUAAAGGCAACUACAUACCCUGGUCCACCAUUCACUGCAAUAAAUUCUGCGGCUUCUGUAUUGGAACCAGUUCACUGAAUACGACAACUCGGAUAACGACAACACAUUCGUCAACCCUACCAUCAACUACAACAGUUACAGUGUCUACUUUGAAUAUAACAACACCAAUAAAAAUAUUAACCUCCACCACCACAAAUCUUACAACUGCGGAAACCAAAACAAGUCCUAGCGCAACAACAUCUUUGCCUUCAACAACAUCGUUUUCCAUGAUGAUAUCAACACCACAAGUGGCUGAUGCUACAACUUCAACUACAAACAUAAAUACUACAACAGAUUCAACUACAAGCAUGCCUACUUCAUCAACGCCUGCCACAACAAUGCCAAGUACAAUAAGAACUAGCAACAUGCCCACUACAACAAUUACUCAAAUCAUGCCAAAUACAACUGCACCCAAAACAACAACGACCAUUAUAACAACAUCCACUUCAACCAUGCCCUCUUCAACAACCUCCCAUACAAAAACAACCCCUUCAACAAUAAGCAAUAGCUACAUGCCCGCUUCAACAAGUACUCAAACUAUGCAAAAUACAACUGCACCCACAACAACCAUACCCUCUUCCACAACGUCCUCUACAAAAACACCCGCUACAACAACUUUUUCUACAACAGUACCCUCUACAAGCAUGUCCUUUACACUGACAUCCCUUAUAACAAAGCAAACUACAAAUAUGCCCUCUAUAAUAAAAACAACAACUAUGCCAACUACAACAGCUGCUACUGAAACAACGCAAACUACAGAUAUGCCCUCUACAACAAGAACAACAACAAUGCCGACUACAACAACUCCUAUUAAAGCAACGCAAACUACAAAUAUGACCUCUACAACAAGAACAACAACAAUGCCAACUACAACAACUCCUACUGAAGCAACGCAAACUACAAAUAUGCCCUCUACAACAAGAAGAACAACAACAAUGCCAACUACAACAACUCCUACUGAAGCAACGCAAACUACAGAUAUGCCCUCUACAACAAGAACAACAACAAUGUCAACUACAACAACUCCUAUUAAAGCAACGCAAACUACAAAUAUGACCUCUACAACAAGAACAACAACAAUGCCAACUACAACAACUCCUACUGAAGCAACGCAAACUACAGAUAUGCCCUCUACAACAAGAACAAAAACUAUGCCAACUACAACAACUUCUACUGAAGCAACGCAAACUACAAAUAUGCCCUCUACAACAAAACAACAACAAUGUCAACUACAACAACUCCUACUGAAACAACGCAAACUACAGAUAUGCCCUCUACAACAAGAACAACAACAAUGCCAACUACAACAGCUCCGACUGAAAGAACGCAAACUACAAAUAUGCCCUCUACAACAAGAACAACAACUAUGCCAACUACAACAACUCCUACUGAAACAACGCAAACUACAGAUAUGCCCUCUACAACAAGAACAACAACUAUGCCAACUACAACAACUCCUACUGAAACAACGCAAACUACAAAUAUGACCUCUACAACAAGAACAACAACAAUGUCAACUACAACAACUCCUACUGAAACAAUGCAAACUACAGAUAUGCCCUCUACAACAAGAACAACAACAUUGUCAUCUACAACAACUCCUCCUGAAAGAACGCAAACU